AUGGCAAUUGCCGAUGAUCCGUUUCUGUUCGAAGACUACUUUCCAUCAAUGGUUGAGAGGCUCGGCGCAGAGGGGUUCAUGGGGGAGCUAUGCAAUGGGUUCCUCUUGUUGAUGGACGUGGAAAAGGGUCUGAUAACGUUCGAGAGCUUGAAGAGAAACACAGUGAUACUGGGAUUGGAGGACAUGAGAGACGACGAGCUCGUGUGCAUGUUGACAGAGGGAGACUUGGAUGGAGAUGGAGCUCUCAGUCAGAUGGAGUUUUGCAUUCUCAUGUUUAGAUUGAGUCCUGGGUUAAUGGAUGGAUCCAAGCUUUGGAUGGAAGAGAUGGGUGUAAUCUAA